GUUGUCAGCGCCAACGAAGAAAGGGUAGAAGCUAAAUACCAGACAGAAUAUGAGCCCAAUAAAGAGACUUUCUACGGGACGAAGUAUGGGCCGAAAUAUGGAAAUAAAGAGAUGAAGCAUCGGCCUAAGCACGAGACCAAAUAUGACACUGAAACGAGGAAAUACCACCAACCGAAGGAAGCCAAGAAGGAGGCAAACAAUGAGCUGAAGUCCGAGACAAAAUCCGAAGCCAAACGUGAGGCCAACUAUGAGCCAAAGUAUGAGCGUAAAUAUAAAAAGAAAGAGUGGAAGUACCAAUCCAAGUAUCCGACCAAUUACGAGCCUAGAGAUAGGCUCAAAUACGAGAGCAAGUACGAAACUAAAAGGGAGAAAUACCAUCAGCCGAAAUACGGAGCCGAAUAUGAGCCCCAACAGAAGGCUUAA